GCCACAAGUUUUCGCGGAAUUUCAUGUUUAUCUUCAAUUAAUAUAUAACAAUAUUGAAUAUUCGCCAUGUCUGUGGUGAUAGAGACCACCCUAGGCGACCUGACCGUCGACCUGUUUACUAACGAACGCCCCAUAGCCUGCCUGAAUUUCCUGAAGCUCUGCCAGCUCAAGUACUACAACUUCAAUCUGUUUCACACGGUGCAGCAGGGGUUUAUAGCGCAGACCGGGGAUCCCAGCGGUGCCGGGGAUGGCGGCUCCUCCGUCUGGGGUGUAGUCGAAGGCCUGCAGAAGCGCUUCUUCGAGGCCGAGUACCUGCCCCGCAUCCACCAUUCUAGUGCCGGAAUGUUGUCGCUGGUGAGCGCCGGCAAGAAUCUAGUGGGCUCGCAGUUCUUUUUUACGCUGGGCGAGAGCUUGACCUCGCUGGAUGGCACGCACUGCGUCAUCGGUGAGGUGGUGGAGGGACACGACGUGCUGCGUAAGCUGAACGAUGCCAUAGUGGAUGAUGGAUUUCGUCCCUACCAGGAUAUCCGCAUUACUCACACAGUAGUGCUAGAGGACCCAUUUCCGAAUCCGCGCGGACUUCAAGCACCCAGUCGCUCGCCUUCGCCAAGUGCCGAGCGCCUGAAGAACGGCAGGAUCGCUGCUGACGAAGACAUCGACGAUACGGACGGCAAGACCAUGGAGGAGAUGCAGGAGAUACUGGCCGAUCGGGAGGCCAAGGCGCGUGCCACUAUACUCGAGAUUGUCGGUGAUCUACCGGAUGCAGACAUGGCCCCGCCGGAAAACGUCCUUUUUGUGUGCAAACUAAAUCCAGUGACAACCGACGACGAUCUGGAGAUAAUCUUUAGUCGGUUCGGCGUGGUCAAGGGAUGCGAGGUGAUACGCGACCGAAAGACUGGAGACUCCCUGCAAUAUGCCUUCGUGGAGUUCGAAGACCAAAAGUCCUGCGAGGCUGCAUAUUUCAAGAUGGACAAUGUCUUGAUCGACGAUCGUCGGAUUCACGUCGACUUUUCGCAAUCCGUAUCCAAGGUUACCUGGAGAGGAAAGGGACGCGGCGUGGUAGGAGAAGAUGGCAGACUAGACUUUGACAACUUGCGAGACAACAAAGACCACAGAAAGCCCACUCAAGGACGUGUAAGGGCCGAUAACCAAAGAGAUGGCAAUAGAUCCGAAGAUCCCAGAAGCAGAAUGAGCUCUGCCGAACGGCGAAAGGCAAGGGAACAGCGCCACAAUGAGCAAAAGGAACGAGAUGACCGAAAGAAUGUGCGCAGGCGUUCCGGGUCCAGAGAGCUAAAGGAAAGGCAGCGGUCAUCGUCACGAAAUCGAAGCGAAAGAACAGGCAGGCCAUACACCGAUCGAAAGUAUGUCAAUGAACGCGAGCAGAGGGAUCGACACAGAUCAGUCUCAAGAAGUCGUAAUGAUAGAAGACAUUCCCGGUCCAGAGAUAUGGAGAAAAGAAAGCGUUCACGUUCCCGGUCAAGAGAUCAGGCACCUUUUAGGGCAAGAGAUCUAACACAAAGAAGGCGUUCCAGGGACCGUACAGACAGAAAGAGAACACAAUCAAGGGAUCGCAACGAUGGUAAGCGACACAGAUCUCCGCAGGACAGAAGGCGUAACGAAAAUGGAGGUGACAGAGGUAGAGAAGCAGUCAGAAAUCGAGAUAGAUCCGCUGAGCGAAGACCACAAGGUAGCAGAAAGGCGACAUCCCGGGAUCGAGAUGAGCCAAGGAAUUCAAGUCGAAAGCAAAGUCCCGAGAGAAAGCGAAAACUUUCUGCACCUAUAGAAAAGAAGACUAAGAAACACGACAAGAAGAAAUCGAAACGGGCAGCCAGUAGCAGUUCAGAGUCCAGCAACAGUUCAUCGGAAUCCGAAAGUGAAUCUGACAGCUCAUCCUCUGACAGUUCCAGUAGUUCCUCCUCAUCCUCCUCGGACGAGCGCAGCAAACGAAAAAAGAGCAAGAAGGCCAAGCAAAAGACCGCCAGUUCCAAGAGCAGUCACAAAUCGAAAAAGAAACACCAUAGGAAAUAACAAUAAACGACGUUCUUAAUUGGAA